AUUGUGGCCGGCGAGGAACUCGAGGGGGGGAAGCGAUCGGAGCUCCUCUCGCUAUCCGCUGCCCGCCCCCCCACCCCACCCCCAGCCAAAAAAAAAAAAAAAAAAAAAGAGAAAAAGGGGAAAAAAAAAAAGAAAAAAAAAAAAAGAAAAAGCCUCGAGGGGGGAGCCGUGCGGUGGGGGGGGUCCCGAAACCAUCUUAUAAACCGGAUUGCACGGAGCGAGGAGGAAAAACAACAACAAAAAAAAGAAAGAUACAAAAUAUCCCAGCGAAAGGCGACCGCCCGCCGGCUGCGGCAGCCGCCCGCCCCCCGCCCCGCGCUCCCGCUGGCCUCGGGCUGCCUUUGUGUCGGAGCCCCGCGCCCCAGCCCGGCGCAGGCGGCGGCUGCAGCGCGGCGCGGACCAUGCCCAGCUCGCUCUUCGCCGACAUGGAGCGGAACGGCAGCGGCGGCGGCGGAGGAGGAGGAGGAGGCGGAGGGGGAGAGACCCUGGAUGACCAGCGAGCCCUGCAGAUCGCCCUGGACCAGCUCUCCCUGCUGGGGCUGGACAACGACGAGGCGGGCUCCAUUUACGACAGCGAGCCUCGGAAAAAGAGCGUGAACAUGACGGAGUGCGUGCCGGUGCCCAGCUCGGAGCACGUCGCGGAGAUCGUGGGCAGGCAAGGUUGUAAAAUCAAAGCUCUGCGGGCGAAGACCAACACCUACAUCAAGACCCCGGUGCGCGGGGAGGAGCCGCUCUUUGUUGUGACGGGCAGAAAGGAAGAUGUGGCCAUGGCCCGCAGGGAGAUCAUCUCGGCGGCCGAGCACUUCUCCAUGAUCCGAGCCUCGCGGAACAAGAACACGGCCCUGAAUGGCACCGUCCCCGGCCCCCCCAACCUGCCCGGCCAAACCACCAUCCAGGUGCGGGUGCCUUAUCGCGUGGUGGGCUUGGUCGUGGGGCCCAAGGGGGCCACGAUCAAGCGCAUCCAGCAGCAGACGCACACCUACAUUGUGACGCCCAGCCGGGACAAGGAGCCGGUCUUCGAGGUGACGGGCAUGCCCGAGAACGUGGACCGGGCACGGGAGGAGAUCGAGGCGCACAUCGCCAUGCGAACCGGCGGCAUCAUCGAGCUGACGGACGAGAAUGACUUCCACGCCAACGGCACGGAUGUUGGCUUCGAGCUGAAUGGCACGGGCAGCCUGUGGAGCAAGCCCACGCCGCCCAGCAUCACGCCCACCCCGGGCCGCAAGCCCUUCUGCAACUACCGCAACGACAGCUCCAGCUCGCUGGGCAGCGCUUCCACCGACUCCUACUUCGGGGGUGGCACGGGGGGCGGCGGGGCCCGCCUGGCCGACUACAGCCCCCCGAGCCCGGCACUCAGCUUCACCCACAACGGGAACAACAACAACAACAGCGCCAACGGCUACGUCUACGGCGGGGGUGGCGGGGAUGUGCUCUCCUCCCCGGACUGCUGCUCCGAGCUGCCCUUCGACUCGCCACCUGGCUUCGACCUGGCACCCGCCCCGCCGCCCGGGGCCGCCCUCCUCUGGCCGCAGUUCGAGCGCGGCCCUGCAGCCGCACCGCCCUCGCCCGCACCCUCGCCCGCCGCCGCCGCCUUCCCGGGCGCUGCGCCCGCCAAUGCCAACCUGGCGCUGCUGGUGAGCGGCCCGAGGCGGGGCGGCAGCGCUCCGCCCCCGGCACGGCUCUCCCCGCCCCUGCACGGCAGCGCGGCGGCGGCGGGGCCCGAGCACCCACUGGCACGCCGGGUGCGCAGCGACCCGGGCGGGCGGCUGCUGGCCGCCUCCUACCCGCUGUACGCCAACGGGCUGGGCGGCCAUCUGCCGGGUCUGCCCUCCGAUUCAUCAGCCUCCUCCUCUUCCUCAUCCAGCUCGUCGUCCAGCUCGUCCUGCUCGUCGUCGGGCGUGCGGCGGAAGGGCAGCCGCGACUGCUCGGUGUGCUUCGAGAGCGAGGUGAUCGCGGCGCUGGUGCCCUGCGGCCACAACCUCUUCUGCAUGGAGUGCGCCAACCGCAUCUGCGAGAAGACGGAGCCGCAGUGCCCCGUGUGCCACAGCGCCGUCACCCAGGCCAUCCGCAUCUUCUCCUGAGCCCGGCGGCCGGCUGGGUGCUGUGCGGUGCAUGCUAUACAUAAUAACGGGCGACUCCAUUCUAGUGCUAGGCUAGUUUUUACACUGUACUUUAAUACGAAGCUUCCAAAUCUUCCCUUUUUUUUUUUUAAGAAAAAAAAAAAGAAAAAAAAAGAACAAAAACUGUUGAAAAAAAAAAAUGAAAGUAGGAGAUGCUUCUGAUGAUGACAAUGGUGUGUGGACUCUUAGUAAAACGUGCUGGUAGUUCCUAGGAUGCGUAUUGCAAAAUAAUUCAAUCUAUGGGUGGAUACUCUUCUGAAUGUUCUUGAAAGGGCAAGAAGUUCCUGUGAAAACCACGAUACUGCAGCUUUAUCCAAGUUAGAGAAAAAAAAAAAAAGGAAAAAAAAAAAAAAAAGAAACAAACUGUAACAUAUCUCUUAUAUAUAUUAAAACGUUUAAAGGUUUUAAAGAUAAAUUGCAUUAAUACAGAUUGAAGUAUUUUAUUCUUUUUUGACUUGAAAAAUUAUAUUUCAUAUUGCAAAGAUGUUUACAAGUAUUUUAAUUUAAGUUCAGUGAACUUUUUUGUAGCUGGGUUAAAUCUUUUUUAUUUUAGUAUGGCCUUAUGGCAAAGAACACUGUAUUAUUUUAAUAUCACACAAUUGUGAACGGAAUUACAAACCAUAAAAUGUGUAAUGCUUUGAACAGUAUUCUGUUGGGAUGGAGAUUUUAUAGGUUCAGAAAAAAUCUUUUAAAUCUGCUUCACCCAGCAUAUUUUCUAUUCAGUGAUAUAAAGCAUAUUUUAUUCUAUAUUAUUACAAAAAAUGGAAAUGUAUAAACAUAUGUCAAAAGGAACUGUUGAAGCUUUCUAACAUUUGUAUAAAUAGAAUUCAGUGGAAAUUACAAAAAUUCUGUUGCACCACUAUAGUUUUAGUAUUUCUAUUUUAAUACAUUUGUUUACCACUUGUUUAUGUAUAUGUAGGUGACGUUACUUGAGCUUAAAUGUACUUUACUGAGCAAAGUUUAAAAACAAAGUAUAUUUUAUUUUAUGAUAAAGGGCCUUUAACCUCAUGGUCAAAUACUAAUAUUAUAUUUGCUGAGACAAGAUUUGAAAUUGUAUCAAGAGUUUUAUUUUUCUGACAUUUAAAGUUCUACAUAAUAAAAGUAAAACUUAAGUAA